AAGCACACAGAACGCAGAGCUGUGCGCCUUAGCCGUUCCCUCUUCCACUGGCCUCUUGGCUUUCACUGGCACCAUGUCCACAGAGCAUAAAAACCUCACACAGACCCCUCUGCUGAAGAUCUGGGUGCCAUGGAUGGGACGUAACUUGAACCAGCGGAGGGGAUCAUCUGUGCCACAGUUCUGUAACUCCCCGACGGUGAUUGUGAUGGUAGGGUUGCCUGCCAGAGGGAAGACGUACAUUUCCAAGAAGCUCACUCGCUACCUAAACUGGAUCGGAGUUCCUACAAAAGUUUUCAAUGUGGGCCAGUACCGCAGAGAGGCAGUCAAGACCUACAAGAACUUUGAGUUCUUCAAACCCGACAAUGAGGAGGCCAUGAGGAUCCGCAAGGCCUGCGCUGCUGCUGCGCUCAAAGAUGUUGCUGCCUUCUUCACAAAGGAACACGGACAAGUAGCCGUGUUCGAUGCUACUAACACCACGAGGGAGAGGAGGGCUGUCAUCAAUAGCUUUGCCAAAGAAAGGGGCUAUAAGGUGUUCUUCGUAGAAUCGAUCUGCGACGACCCAGAAAUAAUUACAGAGAACAUCAAGCAAGUAAAAUUUGGAAGCCCAGAUUACAUCGAUCGUGACAUAGAAGAGGCGAUGUCAGACUUCAUCCAGCGCAUUGAGUGCUACAAGGCCAGCUACACAUCUAUAGACGAUGAGAAAGACAGGAAACUCUCCUACAUAAAGAUCUUUGAUGUGGGCAGCAGAUAUUUGGUGAACCUAGUCCAGGACCACAUUCAGAGCAGGAUUGUCUACUACCUCAUGAACAUCCACGUCACACCGAGAUCCAUUUUCCUGAGCCGCCACGGAGAGAGUGAACUCAACCUGUUGGGUCGCAUAGGCGGGGAUUCAGGGCUGUCUCCGAGAGGCCUGAAGUAUGCGGACGCAUUGGCGACCUUCAUCAGAGGUCAGAACAUCAAAGACCUGAAGGUGUGGACAAGCCACAUGAAGAGGACCAUCCAGACUGCAGAGGCUCUGGGAGUCCAGUACGAACAGUGGAAAGCUCUUAAUGAGAUCGAUGCUGGUGUAUGUGAGGAGCUAACUUAUGAGGAGAUUCAAGAGAGCUUUCCUGAGGAGUUUGCAAUGAGAGACCAGGAGAAGUAUCGUUACCGCUACCCUAAGGGCGAGUCCUAUGAGGAUCUUGUUCAUCGUCUGGAACCAGUCAUCAUGGAACUGGAGAGGCAGGAAAAUGUCCUGGUAAUCUGCCACCAGGCCAUCAUGCGAUGCCUCAUUGCCUACUUUCUAGACAAACCUGCAGAUGAACUGCCUUAUCUUAGAUGUCCCCUCCACACCGUGCUUAAACUCACACCAGUAGCUUAUGGAUGUAAAGUUGAGUCAUUUUUUCUUAACAUUGAAGCUGUCAACACGCACAGAGAGAGGCCAACGAACGUCAACGUCAACAGAAAGCCAGAGGAAGCUCUUCAGACUGUUCCUGAUCACAACUAAAGACCGCUCUGGGAGAAAUGGACUACAGCUGUGUUGUACUGGAAGCGUUGCUGCAAAUAGGUCUCAAUAAAUCUUAGAGAUCCAGUUAAAUUAGUGGUGUGUGGAAACAAAGAAAUAGAUCAAUAUAAACGAACUGGAGGGGACUGAACACGGACUUAAGCGGGCUGCAAUUGCGACACCCGACAUGGACAAAACCUACAACUGUGAAAUGUUGCUGUGUCUUAUCUGUCUGGGUGAGGUUUUUGGGUUUCUUGAACGCAUCACAAAUAGGUUGCCAAAUGUUCCAUAGAAACACACACUCUGUGUGGAGGUUUAGUGAGCAAUUAGAUAUAGCUCAUGCAUGUCCAACCACCCUUCAGAAGAUAAAAAAAAUAACUGAUCGUGAUUAAGGAUCAGCACCAUGGACAGCAACAAAACAAACAAGACAUUUAUUGUUUCUUUAAACUUCUUUCUGCUAAAUUGCCAAAAGCCGGGGUUGGUUUGAACUGAAACAGUUAUAGUUAUAUGUAAACAUAGACAGAACAUAAAUGGAACGAAGACUUCUA